AUGGGCUUUUUAGAGAUUUUCUAUAUUUUGUGUACUGUUUUUGUGCUCUUUAUCAACGUGAUACCAGUCUUUUUCUUUUUCACUUAUUCAGCGGUGGCGAUUCUCAUAUGUGGCGAUAACAAGAGUGCAAUGUGCUUUUACGAUCAAAGAAUGAUAGGGGAAAGCGAAACAUGGCUCAUUGUCUUUUUCUCGAUCGCUGCCAUCGCUUCAUUCAUCUAUCUCGUUUUGUUGAUUCUUUCGAUUUGUGGAGCUGUAAAGAGAAAAGGCCAUCUCCUCAUUCCCGUUAUUUUACUUUCAAUUAUAGAACUUGGCUGCCUUUUCUCCACGAAUUUGCAGAGAGCCCAAAAUGUGGGAAUUUUUGCCGAUUCUACCUGGUCGGCAAUAGUUUCAGCUUUUCAAAUCUUUGAGUUGCUGCGAGUCGUUUUGGCGCUUUUCGUUUACUUUGAGUCAAAAUUCGCCGAACAACAUGUGCAAGUUUUGCCAUCAAGAUUGCCAGAAGAGGAAAAAUACGUGAAAGAGAUCACCGCUCCUUGUCAACAAUUAAACUAUGCUUAUAACGAGCAACAACAAUUUUAUGCU